CAAAAACCCAGACAAUUUGCAAAGAUAUGUCCCUAUAAAAGCCAUUGCCAUGCACUUCAAUCCAACACAUGACCUUCUUUCCCUCCUCACCGUCUUAGCUUCUUUUAUCUCUUUCUUUUCUCUCACUUUCUUUUCAACCACACAAAUAAAUUUCAGUUGGUUGUCCUCCUUUUAUUUUCUUCUAACAAUAUUUAUUUAUACGUUAGAGUUAGAUAUUUUUCCAAUUAUGCCAAAAAGAAACAAAAAAGAAAUUUUAUAAUUUAUUCUCCGUAUAAUCAAAGAUAAUCUGAGGCGUGGGUUUAAUUCAAUCUGGGAUUUGGUAUUUGAAAAAAAAAAUUCUUGAGGAAUUGUCGAAGCGGAUUUCUCUUAGGAGCUCUUCGUUGAGAAUUUGAUGGAUACCAAUAACUGGAGGCCUACUCCUGCCAGUGGAGAGCCCACCAUGGAUGCAGGUGAUUGGAGAACCCAGUUGCAGCCUGAUUCACGACAAAGAAUUGUCAACAAGAUAAUGGACACAUUGAAGAGGCUCCUUCCAUUUUCUGGCCAAGAGGGUUUAUAUGAACUCAGGAAAAUCGCAGUAAGGUUUGAGGAAAAGAUUUUUACAGCAGCAAACAGCCAGUCGGAUUAUCUGAGGAGAAUAUCCUUGAAGAUUCUUACUAUGGAGAACAAGUCUCAGAAUACUAUGCCCAACUCUGGGAAUAACAGCACGCCCCCUGAUCCAGGUUCUCAGGGCAUGCAAAACCAAGUUCACGGUCAAGGGCAAUCAAUUCCUAUCCCAUUACAAAGUAAUCCGUCUCAAGCACGUCAACAACUGUUACCCCAGAGUGUUCCAAAUAACAUGUCAUCUGCUGGAGUUCAAAGUUCUACUGGUUUACAAUCUGGGAUGCCUUCUGUGUCUGGUCCAACCCAGAAUGCCAUACCUAAUGUUGUUGGCCAGAAUUUCAACAUUCAAAACUUGUCUGAAAUUUCACAGAACUCACUGGGGCAAGGGAUAUCUUCCAAUAUUUUUACUAAUCAGCAGAGGCAAAUGCAAGGAAGGCAACGGGUGCUACUGCAACAGCAGCAGCAGCAACUAUACCAUCAGCAGUUACAACAGCAACUUAUGAAGCAAAAGAUUCAACAAGGAAAUCUCCAGCCUUCACUUAUGCAGUUUCACAUGCCGCAACAGCAACAGCAAAACCUGUUACCACCUACUCAGUUGCAAUCUUCCCUGCAAUCUGGUAUGCAAACAUCAGCCGUUAUGCAGCCAUCUGCCAUGCAAUCAACUCCUCUUACUGGUCUUCAGAAGAAUCAACAAUCUUCUCUGCAAGAGUCAAUACAGUCCAUGCUUCAGCAGCAUGAACAGCCACAAUCGGCCACCAGUGUUGGUAUUCUUCAACCACAAACAGCAAUGACACGGCAGUCAAUGAUGCCUCAGCAGCAGCAACAGCCUCCACAGCCACAGCAACAGCUGCAGCAGCCAAACAUAAUGGGACAACAGACAAAUGCUGCAAAUAUACAGCAGAAUCAGUUAAUUGGACAACAAAAUAGCAUUGUGGACAUGCAGCAGCAGAGAUUGCUAGGCCAGCCUAAUAAUAUUCCAAACCUGCAGCAGCAGCAGCAGCAUCAGUUAAUGGCUGAACAAAACCUCUCAAAUAUCCAUCAGCAACAGUUGGGUCCUCAAAGUAAUAUUUCAGGAUUACGGCAACAGCAGCAACAGCAAUUGAUUGGAACCCAGUCGGGUAACUCAAGCAUGCAAACUAAUGAGCACAUGCUACCCCAGCCUAAGGUUUCACUUCAACAAACGCAGCAGAGUGCACCUAAUUUGUUACCAACUCAGGGACAGACAUCCCAGCAGCCCCAGCAGCAGCAGCAGCAACAGCAACAGCAACUGAUGUCACAGAUGCAAUUACAGUCUACUCCGCUGCAGCGACAAUUGGGUUUGCAACAGCAGCCCUAUCAGUUGCACCAAAAUAUGCAGCCAAGGCUUCACGCAUCAGGUCAUGUAUCAAGUUCCUGGCUUCAAUCACAAAAUUUGAUAGAUCAGCAAAAGCAAUUGUAUCAAUCACGCAGAGCUGUUCGAGAGACAUCAUCAACAUCUUUAGAUUCCACAGCUCAAUCAGGACAUGCAAAUGGGGGUGAUUGGCAAGAAGAGGUCUAUCAGAAGAUCAAGGCCAUGAAAGACACAUACUUACCUGAAUUAAAUGAGAUGUACCAGAAAAUUGCUGCCAAGUUGCGGCAGCAUGAUUCUCUUCCACAGCAGCCAAAGUCAGAGCAGCUUGAAAAGUUGAAAAUGUUCAAGAUCAUGUUGGAGCACAUUAUAUCUUUCUUAUCAGUUCCCAAAGCCAGUAUCUUACCCACUUUCAAGGAUAAGUUGAGUUUGUAUGAGAAGCAGAUAGUAAAUUUUUUAAAUACCAAUAGGCCAAGGAAGGCAGUCUCCGCACUGCAGCAAGGACAGCUUCCUCCGCCUGAUAUGCAUUCCGUGCCGCAGCCACAACCUCAAAUUAAUCAGACACAGUCUCAUGAUAAUCAAAUGAACCCUCAGUUGCAGUCAACGAAUUUACAAGGUUUUGUUCCAACAAUGCAGCCGAACAACAUGACAAGUUUGCAGCAUAAUUCUGUGUCUUCCUCUGGGGUUGCAACAGUGCAGCAGACCAUGUUAAAUUCGCUGCAGCCCAGUUCCAAUUUGGAUGCAGGACAAGGUAAUGCCCUAGGCUCAAUGCAGCAGGUUGCUGCAGGACCUUUACAACAGAAUCCUGUGAGUACCUCCCAACAGGCAAAUAUUAACAGUUUAUCCUCACAAAGUGGGUUAAGUGUCCUGCCGCAAAACAUGAAUCCUUUUCAGUCAAAUUCCAACAUGCUUCAGCACCAGCAUAUGAAACAACAGCAGGAACAGCAAAUGCUGCAAUCACAAAUGUGCAAACAACAGUUUCAACUGCUUCAGAUGCAGCGGAAGCUGCAGCUACUGCAACAACUACAGCAACAGCAACAAAAGCAGCUGCAUGAAAUGGAUGAUAUAAAUGACGUGAACAUGAGACAGGGAAUCGGUGUUAAUCCUGGGGUUCUUCAAGCAAAUCUCUCAACUGGCCAACUUCCAGGUUAUUCAUAUGAGCAUUCAAAAACUAGUGCCCAAUUUCAUACAUCUUCACCCCCGCUCUUUCAGGCUCCAUUUGUCCCACCUACUUCAACCCUGUUGAGUCGAUAUCCCUCGCCUGAGAACACUGAGAAAUCUAUCUAUGGCGCUUCCUCUCUGUCAAAUAACAAAAAUAUUAGUCAGCAGCAAGCAGGAUCUGAAUUCCCUGCACCUGACACACCUGGUAAUGGUAUGUCAACAUCACCUUUGCUUACUGUGUUCGAAAAUGCUAAUGAUACUCACAGUAUUGCUUUAACAACUGAUUUUGGCAAGUCGAAGGUUACAGAACUGCCACAUGAUCCCAGAGUUACCAUGUUUCGGGCAAAACCCAUGUCACUUAAAUCAUUGGAGGCAUCCGUUGUGAGCAUGGUUGAUGAGGCAGCCUCUGCAGUUGGUGUGGAUAUGGCCACCACGAGCAAGGGUGGUUUGCGUCGAAGAAAUUUCUUUCCACAAACUGGAAUCACUGGAGCCGAGAAAAUGAGAUUCUACAUGAGUGCACUAGCUAUAUUAGCUCUAAUGUUUUGGUUCGUUAUAAUAACAUCUGCAUGAGCAGUAGCAAACAAAUUUCCAAAGCUUUUUAUGCUUGGGUAAAGGAGGAAAGGCCCAUUGGUGGUAGCUUGGACUUCUCUUGUACUGAGUCAAGAUGAUACUAUUAUGACAAAUUGUUGACAGGUGUUUGCUU